GAUGUCUAGUCAGUAGCCCCCACGAUGUGAUCUUCAUCUUCCUCCACUCUCUUCUCCCCCUAUUCCUUUCACCUCUCACCCCUUGAUAUCUUGCCUUAUUUAGCAAAACAAAAUUUACAAUCUUCAUCGAUCACAGCGAUGUCAAGUGAAAGAGGAAAAGAGUUGGCUGAAGGAUCAUCAAGGAGUAGUCCCAGUGAUCAUCAGUCACCACCAACGCCUAGCCGUUAUGAGUCUCAAAAAAGAAGGGACUGGAACACUUUUGGCCAGUACUUGAAGAAUCAAAGGCCUCCAGUUCCUCUUUCACAGUGCAAUUGCAACCAUGUCUUAGAUUUCCUUCGAUAUCUCGAUCAGUUUGGAAAGACUAAGGUUCAUCUUCAAGGAUGCAUGUUUUAUGGACAGCCUGAGCCGCCUGCUCCUUGUACUUGCCCGCUUAGACAAGCUUGGGGAAGCCUUGAUGCACUCAUCGGGAGGCUUCGAGCUGCCUAUGAAGAAAAUGGAGGCUCGCCAGAGACCAAUCCUUUUGCUAGUGGUGCUAUUCGUGUUUAUUUAAGGGAAGUGAGGGAGUGUCAAGCUAAGGCAAGAGGGAUCCCGUAUAAGAAGAAAAAGAAGAAGCCAAAUCAAAGCAAGGGGAAUGAUGAAUCCAGCUCCGGAAUGCACUUUUCUUGAUUCCCUUGGUUUUUCUCUCCAAUAUGGAUCAUGUGGCGCAUGAAUGAAAGGGAUUAUUAGAAGG